AUGGAGAAUACGAAAUCGUCUGGCAGUAGGCACAUCCACAGCAACAGACCAUUUCUGUACACAACGGGGAUAGUCAGUCGGCUACCGGAAAGCCUGGCCACCAAAGAACAGGCGGCGACGAGCAAGAAAGGUACCGGGACCGAGGAAGAGGAAGACGGCGGCUUAAACCUGGAGCUGGCCCGUCGACAACACGAGAAGUUCAUCCUGACGCUGCGUAAACUGAAGGUGGACCUGUCGGAGCUGGACGCAGACGAGGACCGGCCGUUCUGUUGUUAUUUGGAGCACAUGGCCGUAGUAAGGGAUGGGGUGGCAUUAAUCGCUAGGCCCGGGGGUCGACUUGAAGAAGAGGCACAGGUAGAUGAGAUCAGACGAAUCCUGAGGGAUGACCUUAGGCAGCAGAUCUAUGAGAUAGAGGACCCUAAUGCCACACUAGAUGGAGGUGAUGUGCUUUUCACAGGUGAAGAGUUCUUUGUAGGAAUCUCUAAGCGGACAAACAGUCAAGGAGCUAAUGCCUUGGCCAAAGCUUUCCCAAACUACCCAGUCUCCUCCAUCAAAGUGGCUGAGCAUUUGCACCUGAAGAGCAUGAUGAGCAUGGCUGCACCAGGCAUCUUGGCUGUAGGCAGCAGCUCAGCAGCACAGUCUGCAUUAAAGCAAAUUUUACAAAAGAGCGACUACGAUUACUGCACUUUGACCCUACCAGAUGAUGAGGCUGCCAACUGUGUCUAUGUCAAAGGGUUUUUACUGCACUGUACUAAGCAGGAAUACCCAAAUAGUUACAAGAUUUUUGAAGAGAGAUUUCCCAGUGAUGUGCGGAUACCCAUACCAAACAGCGAGCUGCACAAGGUGGAUGGUUGCCUGACGUGUCGAUGUAUCCUAGUGCAGAAGCCUCUUUAGGUAUUGGCCCACUAAUGACCUGCGGCCACAUCCGAAUACCAUGACAUAACUGUGGACAAACACAUGUACCCACACAAACACAAAGUCUAGAUUGAUUGUUCAUUGUAUUCCUUACAAAACUUCCUAACAAUGAGGGAGGGUUUAUGUCUUUUGUUUUUCUUAUUACCUUUGUCUUGGUGCAGCCAUGUUGGUCUGGUUCUUAAGAACAAGAUAUUUCCUCAAAUCAAGAUUUUUAACUGUAUUUUUCUAGCAUUUACUGUCAAACAGCACUUCUUGAAUUGUGUGAUUUGGCAACAUUUAGCAAAGUUUCUUGGUCAGAAAGAAAUCGGUCAGAAAGCGGUCACAAGCAGAGUUCAUCACCCAACAUUAUGGCUGAUAACCUAUUUUGGCUACAGUAGAAAAAAGUCUUUGGUGAGCAACUCCAUGACAUUGUCAUGACAUGGGCUUGUAACCAAAACAGGUCAUAAUUGAAAUCACAAGUCAGACAAGUUACUGCGGAUGUAGAAUGACAGAGGAGUGUCUCUUUCACAGCUAAUUUUGAGUAGCCAAUGACUUGACUUGACUGGAUGGCUCCAAUUGACUCAAGUUGAAUAACAAACACCAUGGAACUGAAGUACCAUGGAACUUACAUAGGCCAAACAAAAUAAUACCUUUGGUUUGGGUCAUCCGACCGACCCUUUUUUAAAGCGGUAAAAGUCCGACCCCCUAAAUUUUAUUGGUUACUUGGGGAAAAAAUAUUACGAUACCGACUUCCUAUCAAAAUUGGUCAAAAUUGCCGACCGCCAGAACAAUUUAUAAGCAUUUAUCAGCAAGUGAUUUUUUUCUUUAUAAUAGUAUCGGAAAGAAAACAUCGUGGUCUAACAUCACUACAUCAGUUUACCUGUACUUUAAAAUACGUACGUUGCACCAAGACCACUUGGGUUCUUCGUCGUGUAAUCGUCAUUGCAACGCAGUCCAAAAAGUCUGGUCCGUUUGUCUCAUGUUCCUCCGUACGUACACACGUGUGUGCGCGCAGCGCGGUAUUGUAUGCCAGGGGAAAUCCCACUGCAAUGUCUGUACCCAACAAGCAAUUCUAUUGGUUGACUGUGUGUUCAAAGCUGCACAGACUUUCCAACCUGGGGACGCCAUGCAUCAUGGAAAACGGGUUUUUGAUGAAACUUUUGUUUGAAAUUGUGGGAGAAAUCAUGGAAGCAAAGUGUCCUAACGAUCUUUUUUUUUUAAACUAGAUGCUUUUAGGUUGCUGAAAGCAAGUCUUUGUUGACAUCGUGUCAGCCAAUAGGAAAAUUUGUUAUACGAUAUCAUUGCGCCAAUGGCCACGUGCGUUGUAGACUUCGGAUCAGAUGGCCACAUGUCUUUUGUGGCUUUCAUUCAGCUCUCAUGCAGGUGCUGCAAGACUGCAAUUUGCUCCAGACAUCGGAGAAUGUGAACAUUUUCCAAAAACAAGGAAUUUUCUUCCAGUGAAAUCUUAAAAUGACAUUCAGGGAAUUCUUUGUGAAAAACCAUGGGGAAGUUGACGACGAUUUUUCAAUUGAUAUCGCUGCAAGAGGCCAACCUGACGAAUAAUGGAGAAGCGCAGAGAACAUUGACAUGACAGUGGUUGAACCAUGUUCCUUGCUCUAUGGUUGAACUUACGAACUUCUUACGAUAAAACAUGUCUCGAAAAUCAUCCCAAAACACUUUGAUUGGGGACCACUUAAACAAGUAUUGUUCCUCACAUGUAUUGGCUCCCAAAAAAAAAUGAAGAUAAAAUAAAAUGUCAUACCGAUGGACCGACCCAAUUUUUCUCUUACCAAAGGUAUUUUUUUGUUUGGCCUUACAAGUACAUGUAUGUACACACAAUUAUACACAUGUUCAUAAUGUGUCCGCAGAGUUGCAUUCUAUUCCUCAAACAAUAUUGAUAAUGGCAUUCCUUUUUCAUUGAACAUCUGUCAGUUGUGGCUUGGCUUGUGAUAAGCAUUGUGGUUUUACUCUUGAUUUAACUUUUGAUUGACUGAAAUACAAUUUUCUUUUUUAACAUGAUCUGCCCAAGGAGUUUUUGUUUGUAAAGCUUAAUUCAUUGUCACUACAAGACAAGUAAAACGUUUUCAUUUUUUGUGCAAGAUUGAAAGUGGUUGAGGAAUGAUAUAUAAGUAACGAGGCUUCACUUUGCCCUCUUCUCGGGGUAUUCAGCUUUCUGCUUCUCGGGUAGGAGGCUUCACUGCCUGGCCUGCUUUGCAGGGAAGCAGCUUCACUGUUCGCGUUCACGGGCUAACACCCACUUUUUGGGCAAAUGGCUGCUAUGCGGGUGAAUGCCCGCUUUGGGCCAUCAAAUUGUGAAUGAUCAACUCGUGAAAAUAACUCAUGAACCCACACACACUAAGCGGGCAAUCAAGAUCUUUAAUAUGUCAAAUUAUCAUAAAGAUAUUGUACAAAUUGGACCCCCUGAAUUUGAGCUUAAAAUUUCUUUAAAAAAUGUAAUAAAAUAUUGUACUCAUUUUGAGACAAGGUAACAGAUACUUUGGAUGUGAUCCAGGCAAAUGGCUGCAUAAAAAGAGGGCAAUGUGUGUCAAGUCCAAAAAUCAUUCCCACCAUCGAAAGCACUGGUCACAUAUUGGAAAGUAACCAGCACUGGCCUCUUACAUGACAUACUAAAUUAAGCUGUAUGUUCUGUUCAUUAACAGAAAUAAGUCUAGUUCAAUUGCCUUAGAUGCUCUCAUUAAUACAGAUUGAAAUCAAAUAAUGAUCCACUAUUAAACUACAGUCACCAUCUAAUAAGGAAUUGUGUUCAGACCGAAUUCUGUUUUUAUUUUUGUUUAAGAAAACGGAGGGGGGGGUAUUGUCUGUUUUUCUUUGGUUUUGGGAUGUGUGUUUUUGUUGUAGUUUUAAAGGUCUGUUAUGUAUACUUGUACUGAGUAUAUAACAGUAUGGAAUAAGCUUGAACUUGAUGGUAUUGCAAUUUUCAACCUCCAGAUAUUGUGCAUUUAUGCAAAUUUGUUUUGUAUACUGUCAAAAUAAACCAAGACCUGUAAUGUCAGAAGAACAUUGUGUAUUAAAGGCUUGUUAUGCAUUAAAAUGACAAAAAUGAGUAUCUGAUAUGUUUAUAUUUUCUGCUUAUACUAGAGCUAUAAAGGGCCAACUUGCCGUAUGCAUUGAAGCCUGCUGCCUGCAUCCAUGUUUGUGCAUAAACUUAUUGGGAGCUCAAAAAUGUAUUCGGCUAUUUGUAAUGUGUUUGCUACGAUGAAUGAUGUACAAUGUAAAAGUGAAGUUCAAAAUCCAAAACAAAAAUGCACAAUAAAUCAGUGACAGUAAAUAAGCAGUUCAUCUUGCAAUAAGCGCUAUUACUUUGGUUCAUACUGUUGUUGCAUUUAGAGCUCAACAUGCCAAAUUCCAUUCCAUCUUAUUUCAAUGUAUUCAGCAAGCACACGCAUGAUACUGAAAGUAUGUUACAUGAGGGAAUGAAGAGUUGCCCAUCUAUGUACAUUUGUAGCUCUGUGUCUACUUUUGGUGUAUCCAUCCAGUGGUGAUACUUUGAUUAACAUACAACACUAAAUAGUCAAAUUAUUUCCAACAACUUAGAGGAAGAGAAAUAUAACCAUUGCUCACUUAGCAUAGUGUUGAAUACAUAUACAUGUAUAUUGUUUUCCUAGUCUAUAUGAGUUUAUUUGGGGGGAAAAAGGUAGAAUUAUGAUUGCAUUUAUAAAUCGUGGGUUUUGCCCAUUGUCAAAAUGUGUGAAUGGAAUAAAAUCUUUAUCAACAGAAAACAAAUACCUGAUGGGGUAUGGCUUAGGUAUUUCAAGCUGGUCUCGUAGAUAUUACAAUCGUAGGUUACUUUUGUGAGUUUUGUCUUUCUUUCUUUUUUAUUUGAAGCAACAAAAGUGCUCAAAAUCUACAGUGCCCUCUUCAAAUUUUAGCUAUUAAUCUGGAGAAAACUUGAGAAAACAUUUGCACAUUUUUUUUUAUCUCGUAACUGGAUUCCAAAUCCAUUGCUAUCACACGUUCGCUGCCAUUUCAGACAGAAUAAUUUCACGGGGUAUUUGGUACCAGUCUUUUCUUCACUUGAAGCAAGGAUUUUUGUUCUUUUUUCCCCAUUUAAUUGCACAGGAAUGAUUCCGGGUAAUUACUAAUGUUACUACGUGCCUUUAAAGUGCCACACGUGGUAAAGUGCCAGUCACAGAAAAGAUGAUUUCAAAUGACCACAAACUAGUACCAGAGUUUUUUUAUUCCUAAAGAAAAACUACUAUUUUAAUCUGUUGCAAACUCAUGCGCAUGUAUUCACGAUUGGUUUUAUACAAUAAUCUCGAUAUAUAUACAUGUACAUGCACAUGUACUGACUGUAUUAGAACAUGCACUGAUCACUUUGCAAGAGGUGAAGCCACCUUGUAUGGCCUUUUCAAGGUCCCCAAAUAUGGCUGCCGAUGUACGUGCAACUAAAACCUUGGAGACUGUUAGCCCGAGACAACAUAUAACAGGAGUUAUCAGGAUUUUAGGCUUACAUUGUAUAUUUUUGAUCAUCCCAAAAAUGGCGCCUCAAUGACCUUGGCCCGGUGGUGUAUUCAGGUUUUGGUUGGGGGGGGGAAGGUUGCCACAAUGGGUAAUUUGGAGGCGCUGUUCAAAGCGGAUGAUUUUGAAUACAGGCACAGAAUAUCACAUACAGUACUGUAAUUAUCUUAAUCCUCAUAACGUAUGUAAAAUGUAUUUAGCAACAAACAGAAAACUUGUUCAAGUGUUUCUGAGGUGGAACAAUAACCUGUCUUCGUAUUUUUAUUAUUAACUUUCUUGUGAAUGUAAUCAAUUUUAUAUGUAUUAAAAGUAAUACUUGGUGGCUGGGCUUGGCAGACGUAAUGGCCCCCAUUGCAUCAACUCAAUUUUUCCGUGCAAUUUGAAAGGUGCUCUGUCAGCCAUGUUGCUUACCUUGUACAUAGAGUCAUUGACUUAAUACUCUUUUAAUAGCUACAGUUUACUUAUAAGAAAAAUUAAGAAAUAAUGUAAUUGAAUUUGUAUUGAGAUUAGUACCAAUGUUCUAAAGAUCACUAUCAUGUAGAAUUAUACAUGUAAAUGUAUUGGCUUUGUAACUUGCUAAAGUCUUUAGUGAUUACCGUAGUUGUGUUGAGUAGCAAAAUACAGGACACUUCAGAAUAACAUUUGGUAUACACUCAUUACUGUUCCUGUAGGAUAUGUUUUUCUACUUUUCAGUAGAGGGUAUUAUUAAAAGGAAAAUAUAAGAAAUUACGUUUCAUAGUUUUUAGGCUUAGCUAAUUUGUUUCAAACAAGUUUUUAGCCAGAAAGAUAUGCACGUCUAUGAAUGGUUGGUCAUUUUUGGGCCAGUACAUAUGUAAACUGCAAUCUUUCCUGACUUCAGAAGUUUGUACUGAGAAUGCAGUAGUCUCAAAUGCCCUAGCUAGUAGUUCAUGUACGUACAAUGAUUAUGUGUUACAUUGCUGAGUAGUACUCAAAUAAAGAUUGCUUAACUUCUCAAAUGCACAGCCGAAAGAAAAUUA